GUUUAACGACGUAAAUGGUUUGAAGGUCUUCUAAAGAAAUUGUUUAUAAAUAUGCGUUAAGUUCUUAAAUACAAAUUUGUUUCUUGUAAUUGUAGGUUUUCUCUUUCUCUUGUACUCAAAUUCAAAAUGAGUAACUAUUCAACGUCUGAAGAUGAUUUAACAAAAAAAGAAAAUUUACAAGAAAAACACUAUUGGCUUCUUCGUGAAUUGCAAAGCAUGUGCAGAGAGAUUCCACUAAUGUAUCAGCAAAGGCUACCUAAUGAGCUUUUAUCCAGUUUAGCCAAUUCUCUAUUGGAUAACAAUGUUUUUGAAAUUGUGAAAGGUCUGACUGACAUUCAGGCAAUAACAGAAAGGAGUCUGAUGGAAAAGAGAAUGAAUGUUGUAAAUACCCAAAAAGAAGCAAGUGAUGAUAUGUUAAAGAGGCACAAAGAUUCUUUAUCAUUUGAAACUGAUCCAGCUUAUAUUAAACUCUUGAAGGAGAAACAAGCUAGAGAACUUUCGGAGUUAAUUAAAUGGCAAGAAGAAGAGUUAAAUCGUUUGGAUAUGAAAAUUAUAUUGGAACUGGAUCAGGCAGUGAAUGAUCAACAAGUGACCUUAGAAAAAAUUGGUGUUCCAGGUUUUUUUGUGAGUAGUAAAGACACUGAUGUGAGACUUCAGAUGUACAUUCUGAACUUUAUUCGAGCUAUCAGAGAUCGUGUUGAGCAUUAAUUUAACGAAACUCACAAUGUAUUAAAUCUGUUAUAUGAAUGCCUAUUUUUUUUUGUGCUUAGUUGCAAAUAUUUUUUGUAAUUUUUUGUAUAAGAUUCUUUGUAAAUAAAUGUUUUUGUUAAAUUA